AUGACUGUCGGAAAACCAAACAAUGACAUCCCUAAUUACCACAGCAAUAUAUUAAUCAGCGACCUCCUUAUUUGGCGCAUGCGCCUUACCGACGAGGAAGUGCUGCAUUCUUACAUGAUAUCUCGUAAGUAGUGAUGAUUUAUAUAGCGACCUCCUUUUGUAAUUCUGAGAUACGUAUUAGUAUGUUUAACCGUGGUUGUCUUAAAUUGUUGAUGCCAAGGCUAGUUUUGAGGUCGUUGUAGGUCGAGGUAGACCUAUGAAUAAAAGAGAUAAGUUCCGAUGAAAAUUAACUGGUGUGGCGGGGGGCAGGGGGGUUUGGGGGGGUGGUUGUUAGGAUAAAAUCUAGUUCAAUCAGAUGAGUUUAUAAAUUAAAUCAGCCGCUGUUUGUUAGAGCGAAUCUAAUUAAGGGUUGGCGCUCGAAAAGUCACUGAAACCAAAUUUCCUGUUACGCUUUUAUAUACAUUAUAAGUUACACGUCCACGUUUUAACUAGCUCUGCCUCAGAUAUGCUUCUGGGUGAUACGUGUUUAAAUUAAUUUGAUUUAUUAAUUGAAUUUUUGCUUUGUAACCAUAUAUUUCGACUCUCUUGAUUUCAAAUUACCUACGAUUCUAAUAGUAAUUCUAAUAACUUUUCUUUUUUUUAUUUUCGGUGGAAAGGGAACCUGAUAAAACGGUAUUUUCAAAAUAGCUUGCAUGAGACUUUAUCAAGUAACCCUGAAAGGGUGAAUAAAUAAUACUAAUUAACAAUCUUUACAAGCAGUUUUAUAAUUUAAUUUUAAAAAAUUAUGCAGGUCACGUUACCGGCCAGGAAAUGCCAAGCUCCCCCCAGUUCGUGGGGCAAUUUACUAUAUCUAACGACGGAGAAAUAAUCGCCAUUGGAGACCUGGAUCGAGAAACUAAGGCGAAUUACACGUUUGAAGUACAGGCAAGUGAUUUGGAUCCAGUUCACCCUCGACACAAUACAACCGUGGUGGAAAUAGAAGUCCUGGAUUUCAACGAUAACCCACCAGUUUUCAGGAAUGAGAGCUACACCGCAGACGUGAAAGAACAUUCAGAUGUGGGAUUUGUUGCAAUCAAGGUGAGAAAACUCGAUUGGCCACUGUGCUGCUCAAAGAACUAUUGAAUAUUUGUAAAAUGAAAACGAAGUCAGUGCUGCGCGCAUAGUUGCAUGUUGCUAGACGUUCAUCAUUUUUUUUUUCAGCAACCCGAAAGGAGUAUCACAGCUCAGUUUUGGCAACGCAUAAAAAAGCUAUUUGCAUGCUCAAAAAUUAAAAAAACACGGUGAAUUUUAGAAGUAAAAUGAAAUCCAUAAUAAGCAAAAGUCAAACAAACAACCAAAAAAAGCAAUUUUCAAAACAUGGUGAUUUUUCCUCGACUCCUUGAAGCACUCAUAGCUCUUUAAUACCCAACUAACCUCAGUAAAAUGAAUUUGGCUUAUUUAGGUUGAGGCAAUAGACGCAGACCAGGGCUCUAACAGCCAGAUAUCUUAUAGUAUUGUGAGUGGAAACGUGCAGAAUGCGUUCACUAUAAAUAGCGGAAAUGGAGAAAUCAAGGUGGCACGGGACAUAGAUAGAGAAAACAUUAAUCAUUUUAUACUUGGAGUUCAGGCCAAGGACGGUAAGCACUUGUUUGUACAUGCUUGUUUAGCGAUGAAGCUGAAGGUAUAAAUGACUAAUUUGAGAACUGAGUAAACAAUUGUUUACAUUACAGUUUUAAAAAGUGACUUAUUUGAAAAUGUAAAUAAAAAGAAAAUUGUACAAAUCCCAAUUAAAAGACAAAAUUGUUCAUAACCCACAGUGGGUUUGUGCGUGGUUUGCACGGGAGGUUCCGAUUACGAUUCCCAAGAUGAGCUCAAAUCCUUGUUUCGACUUCUUUCCUUUCCGUUUAGCUUUAAGGAGCUUUAAAUGCCCGUAGAACGGAGCAGUGACGGUGAGAGAAGGGUGAAGGGGGCGGUAAAAUGAGCGCAACUUCGGCCUCAGGUUUGUCUUGAUGAGUUGAAGUACUGUUAAAAGUUACCAACGUAAAACAAGGACCGUUACCUUUACCUUUUAGUUAAUUGUAAUCUCCAUGUAGUCAACCAAGAGCCCAUUAUGGCUCUUGAGUCAACCCAGUCAGCAACUACAUGCUAGAUAAAACAUUUAUGAAAAGAAAUUGUGGUAUUUAUAUUGAACGUGAUUACUUGCUCGUUAAAGCCUGUAGGUAUAAUACCAUGCAUCCCCCUGGACUAUCUUAAUCUCUUAUGGCUCCUUUUUCCUGCAUGCGCGCUUCUCCAGCUGUAAACUGCGAGCAGUCAGUCUCUUUUGCUCGAAAAUCUGUGAGCGAUAGCAACAUGUGAUUAUUUGAGCGGAGGAUUUAAGCCGCGUACAACGAGUUGUGCGGAGGCCAGUACGGGCACUCGCAAAACUCGCUGCUUGUGGCUUUGCCACUCGAAUACUCACACAUCCCACGUACUCUCAGAUUUUCGAGCUAACGAGAGACUUCUCGCAGCCUACUCCAACUGUCUAAUAAUACUAUCAUUCUUGAUGCGUUUCUAGGGGGAUCUCCGACUUUGCAAAGUACUGUACAAGUGACAAUAAACAUCGUUGAUGUGAACGAUAAUACUCCAGUCAUAACUCCAAGUUCUUAUGUGGUGUCUAUUAAGGAGAAUUUACCAGCUGGUCAAAGUGUUGUGCGUGUAAGUACAGACAUAUCUGUAAUUGACCCUCUUUAUGGGUAGCUGUGGACUUCGAUUUCGUCGCGCGUUUUUCAUCAAUUCGACGGUGUUCAAGCGAAAUCGUCGCAUAUCAAGGACUGUUUUGAGUUUCGAUGGUUACCGCUCGGUUAACGAGCUCAGCGUAAACUCAAAACGACGACGGAAACGAGAAAAUAUAUAUACGCAAAACAGAAGCUCUGAAUGUGCAGCAAGUUUUUUGGUCGGUUUCUUUGCCGUCAUUGAAAGACUAACAGUAUCAAACUUGAUUGAAAUGGCCACCUGAUCGUCGAUUUAAUCUCUAGGAUCGUCUCUUCACCAGUGGUGAUCGUCUCGACUUUGAUUUCGUCGGAAAUACCCCCAUCAGCGUUUAUGGUCAAACGGUGAAAUUCAUUUUUUUUUCGACUUUGAUAAGUUCCUGGUGCUGCAGAAACUUACUUCUUUGGUACCUCAUUAUUUCAAAAUAACCUCUUACGCAUAAUUUAGAAUCUGCGAGCUAUAAUCCGAGCUUUAUCUGAGGCUUUCUUAUGAUUCCCUCAUUGACGUCAUUUUUCCUUCAUGGAAAAGACGACAGACGAUUAUCCGAACGCAUUACAUCAUUGGCCGAUUUUCAUUUUAAUCCUUUUGUAUUGGUAUGAUGCUUAAUGAGAGGAUUUUCAGGUCUUCAAUUUCUUGGUAUUGAUAAUACUUCCGUGUAUUUUACUUAUUGUUCGCCAUUUUCGCACGGCACUAACAAAAACGAAAAUGUCGAACAUCCCAUAAAAUGACAUUUAAAUAACCAGAAUUCCAUCCCAAAUAAAACGUGACAUUUACAUUUAAAUAAUGUGGGCUGUAUUUGUUCAUUCAUUCUGUCCAUGGUUUACUUUUAAAGAAAUCAAGAAAUUUCAUAUAAGAAAAAAGAGAAGAAGUCAGUUUGGUGGAUAAAUCCAUAUAAGAAAGGUUGUUUAAAACAUAUGCUACUAUCAGCAACAGUGUAUAGUUACGCAGUGCGUGAAAAUUAGUUGUCAAAUUUUCACUUUCAUUUCGUUCCUCUUACAUAUAGUUUGUCGUGAAAGAUACUGAUCAUGGAGAGAAUGGUCAAGUUUCUUUCACCGUGAAUAGCAACAAGUUUGCGGUAAAUUCAUCUACAAGUGUCCUGCACACAACGCAACCACUGGAUCGAGAACAGCAGGCUCAAUAUCAGCUAACAAUACAGGGUACUGAUGGCGGAGGUGAAUUUGCUAAGGUAGGUAUCAAAUAUACCUGGUUAGUCUGGUCAAGAGUCAAGCCAACUGUCGGUUAUCUAGGCGGUUUAUACUGGCUACCAUUGGCAUGUAACCUAAAUUUAAGACGAGGAAUUUGAAAACGUCUUCAAGAAAAAAAAUGAAAUGCUUGAUUUCUACCAGGAAUUCGUAGUAUGCGUUGUUGACUCGAAAGAGUCUUGAUAAUUAAAGAAAACGUGGAUCAGUUCACUAAGCCUAAAUGCUACAUUUUGCCCUUAAUGAGAAGCAAGGUGCGAAGUUUAAGAGAAUCAUUUACUGUCAGACUUGAAAUUUUGAGAGUAGCUUUUAAGCACUCAUUUUCCUUUUUUUUUUAGUGUGGAAGGGGGGGAGGGGGGAGGGGGGGGGAGUGAAACAUCACGUAUUAAAUACUGAAACACUUUUCCUCUGUAUCAAGAGAGAAUGGUGGUCCCUACUUAUAUAACGGCGCCUACAAAGUGGUACUAGCACGUUUCAUAUCGUCCUUUUCUAAAUGACGACAUAACAAGAUUAUAAUUUUACAUACACAUAAUAACUGAAACUGAAAUAACGUUCACACUCCCCACAGAGUUCCAGUUUAUCAAUAAAAGUUCAAGUGAUGGACGAAAAUGACAACUCUCCGAAGUUCACCAAGGCUGUGUAUAAAGUAGCUAUCAGUGAGAAUGCUACUACUGGUUCUUCCAUCGUCAGGGUGCUGGCCUCUGACCAAGAUGAAGGAAGUAACGCUGACCUCGCUUUCACGCUGAAGCGUAAAGACGGGUUGUUUGUUAUCAAUGAAACAUCAGGUUAGCUUAUUUUUUGAGAGGCUUUCUUGAAGAGGAAGCUGUGAAUUGUAUGAUGGUAAAGUUUAAAGACAAAACAUCGCUGGGAUGAGAUGCGCUUAAAAAUGACACGUUUCCUGUCAGUGUUUUUUUCAAAUUUCCAGGACGGUAGAAAAAGAAAGAACAGAGGGGGGCUGGGGAAAGUGGGAUCAAACUUUGUGCGAGGGAUAGGGUAGGUUGGCGGAGAAGUGUAUAGCUCUUAUGCGCAAAGGAGGGCGAGGAGGCAAGGUAAGCUAAAGUAAGGUUUUUCGACUAUUAAAAUUCAAAUGGCACUUCUUUAUCUCCAAAGAUAUGCAUAUAAAACAACUGAAUAUCUAAUUUCAUGAGCCGCUAUGAUCUGUGGAUAGAGUAGAGCACGUGGUUUGUUGAGGGGUUGGCCAUUUUGCAAUGUUUACUACUAGGAAUUGCUCUCAUAAUUUUUGGGGGGUAAAAAUAACUUUGCACAGAUAAACCAAAUAACAGCAAUUAAUAAUACAGUUUCAGUAUUCGAAGAAAUGCUGAUAAGACUCUUUAGCUUGAUUGAUGAGAUUUUCCAGGAACAUAUUAAGUGCUUCAACUAAAAUAUCGAAAAAGGAAAAUAAAACACUAAAAAAAGUCAAAUCAGCAAAAUCAAAGUGGAAGCUAUACUAACAAGAAAACUGUUUUUUGCAGGUGUUAUAAGUGUGAUGAAAAAGGUUGAUCGGGAAACCAAUCCCAGCGGCUACUCUCUGGUAGUGACAGCUAAGGAUCACGGAUAUCCUGUCUCCCAGUUUUCCACAGCGCUAGUCAAUAUAACUGUAUCUGAUGUCAAUGAUAAUGCUCCUCGGUUUGACAAAUUCACAUAUUUAGCUGAGGUUAGGGAGGACAGCAAAGUUAAUACGGUGGUUACCAUGGUUCAUGCUGUGGACGACGAUGAAGGACUCGCUGGAGAGAUCGUCUACUCUAUCACAGGUCUGUCUCUGUACGAACCUCUGUACAAUCUAUAUAAUGAAUGAUAUUCUUCGCCCCAGUGAUAGUGACUAUAAAAUAUAUGGUAUAGUAUAGUACCUAGAUGUAACAAAACCUCAUUGUAAUGAAUGUAUUCUGCCAGCCUAUUUCAAAUUAUAUCAGAAGUCUUCUUUCAGCCUUGGUGAAAGUGCAGUAUUCAUUUUUUUAAUGAACAAUUUUUUUUGCUACAGGACUUCAGUCAUAAAUAUACGGAACCUUGUUUUCAUGACUUGAAACAGGGCAUUUCUACAACUAGCCACCAGAAUAAAAGAAGUUUAUUUCAUACCUUAAUUAAUACAAAAUGUUGUGGUUUAUUUUCUUUAUUUUCAGGUGGUAAUGUUGGUGGCGUGUUCGCCAUUGACUCAUUUGGGAAUAUAACUGUUGCUAAUGAAUUGGACCGAGAGACAAAGAGCACUUAUGAGUUGACAGUCACUGCGCAGGAUCGUGCAGGUGCAUCAUCCCCUUAUCGAUGCCGAAAGCAACGAAAAAAGUUGCGGAUGUAAUUUAUAUUUAAAAAAAGAUGGAUAAAAAAAAGAAGGAAAAAGGAAAUGAAAAGAAAAGAAACGAAAAGAAAGAAAAAAAUGGAUUGAAUAAAAGGAGAAACAAAAAACAAAAACAAAAAGAGCAGCAACUAAGAAAACACUCACAAAUCCGUUUGUACAUGUAAGUCGGGUUAAUCUUUUCCAACGAUUUGUUGGCAUGUGGGGAAAGAAAGCAAGCACAACGACCAUUAGGCUAGACAAAUAAAUCUGUAUAAGCCAUAAAUAUCGCAAUCUUAAAUAUAGUAUCUAAAAUAUCUAAGGAAGUAGUCUGCGAGCACGAUCAUUUGCAGAGGAUCGAGUGAACUAGUGGCAAAACCGCGAGACGGCAAGGAAGGUAGUUGGGUCCCGUUUUUAUUGCCCUCUUCGAGUGGGACUCGUAAAAACCUCUGCUGCCGCGAUGCCCCAACAGAAAGCCUGCUCCAGAAAAAAAAAAACUAAGAAAAGAAGGUAGAAAGCGGGGUUAACGCAUUGUUUUUUUUAGGUGAUUCUAAAUCAGGAAGCGUUGAAGUUGACAUCACCAUAACAGACGCAAAUGACAAUCCUCCGACGUUCCGCUUUAUUCCGCUGGCCAUUCUUAUCAGUGAAUCAGCUCUUCCCGGCACACCUGUUUACACCUUAAUAGCUGAUGACCCUGAUGUCGGCAGUAACAAAGCUCUCACGUAUGUAGGGAGCUCCCCUGAGGGAAAAUUUGUAAUAAACGCACAAACUGGUGUGAUAUCCACAGUGGGAAAACUGGACUUUGAAGAGCAGCAAAAGUAAGUAUAUUUGGUUGUAUGUCAGUAAAGCCUUGGAAUUAGUGACUUUAAAUAGAAGCUAUAAACUCGUGACUCCUACUUUCACAGUAAUUUAGUGGUUUACCUCCCUGUUUGAUUUCACGACAAUAGAGAGAUCUAGACUCACGCUUCCGGCAGGACACGUCAGAUUCAAGUUGAGAAUUGCCGAAAUGGAAAAUGAGCGGCUAAAGACAGUCCAAAACAAUUCUUAUGCAUAAAACUAGUGUGAAACUACAAAUCUUUUUGUAGAAGUAAUGAACAGUCAAUGACAAGUUAAGGGAAAACUUGGUCACAUAGUACAAAUUAAUUUUGCCGUUUGCUGUAAACGUGUUUACUAUUAUUGAUUUGUAAACGGACAGCAUUUUAACUUGAUUUAGGUACUGAUCAGUUUUUAUCCCCCUAGCCUAAAGUACUCGAGUUAUUUCGAACUAUAUUUGAUCUUGUACGAUAACGGUAUGUAUACUGAUCUGGCCCGAACAUUUUCUUCGCAAAAAUGAACGAAAGCCACUGAUAAAAAGGGUGAUAGUGCAUUUACAUUUGACUGAUUUAUUGGUUUUACCUAUAGUUACACUCUAUAUGUGGUAGCCAUGGAUCAAGGUGUCCCGGCACUUAAUAGUACCACACUUCAUGUAAACAUCACUUUAGUGGAUGAAAAUGAUAACAAUCCCAAGUUUGAGCAGGCCAUGUACAGCGUGGAAGUCUGGGAGAAUGAGACAAUCGGCGGUCACGUGAUACAGGUUAAGGCAACCGAGAGAGACUCUUCAUUGGGUUCACAGAUCGGUUACAACAUUUCCGCUGGCGAUCCGCAGGGACAAUUCAAGAUAUUCUAUCAUUCAGUAAGUACUUGUAAUAACUGGUUGGAGAAAGAAACAGGCCACUAUCGCGCACACUGUUUAGCACCAGGCUGGCCUGGCUGGAAAGGUCUAAUUGGUAGCGAAAUUCUCUUUACUUAGUAACUGGUCCUGAGUAAUGAAGAGGGCCGUAAUACAAGUUUAAUAUUAUCAACUAUUAAUCAGCUAUAUUACAUCCAAAAUACAGACUCUACUUCUCUCUUGUCAGUACUGGUAAUGCCUGCAGCAAUUAAUCGUUUUCAAUUUUUUCAACUAUGAAACGUUCUAAACAACAGUAGGUAUCGAAUUCUUUUCUGCAUUUAAACUUCACUUGCUUUUUCUAGGGAAAGAUUGUAGUUCAGAAGCCGUUGGACAGGGAGCUGGUACCAAAUUACACAUUACGAAUUACAGCUACCGACAAUGGGAAUCCUCCACGUUACGGAGAAACAUCGGUAAGGGCAGCUGUCAUGUGAUCUACCUAUUAACUGUACUUUUUUUGAAAAGAAGGAUAAACAAUUUUACAAAAACACUCUUUACGUUACCGUGACUUAAGUUUCGACUGACUUUCAUCAACCUUAACAUGAGUUGAGAUUGAUGGAUUUUAAAGAUACUAGACGAUACAUAGACAAAUCUAUUCACAUUUCUUCUACGGACAAAAAGUUGUGCAUUCUGAGGAAACAAAUUGCCAGGCUAAUAAAGAGAAAAAAAAAGAGAAAAAUCACGUUUUACAGACUUCCUUUAAGUGCUGCCUAUCCAUGCUUUAUCCAAAAGUCAAUUAACUCGCUAUCCCUUCAUAUUACUCCCUUCUAUGACGAUGCAACUAGUCAGAUUGUCCACCUAAUAUUUUCGGCUUGCCUGUGCCGAGCCUAAUAAUACCUUCAUUAACUAUGUUUGAUUGUUAUUUUAGGUUACAAUCAUACUGAAGGAUGUUAAUGACCGCACGCCAGUCUUCCAAUUCCGUGAUUAUCAGAGUGAAGUCUCAGAAGACAGCCCUGUUGGCUCAACUAUUACCACGGUCGAAGCAACUGACAAAGACAGUGCUGAGAAUACUGCGGUAAUAAUUAAGUAAAAUGGCUUACGGUAAAACCUGCUUUGCCCUAAGCCUAAAGCCGUUAUCUGAAUACCUUGAAAACUCUUGACUUCACUGGCUUCAUCAUCAAUUCUCCGUUAAUUACGUCAGCUCUUUCGUACGUCUCCAUGUGCUGUCAGUUUAUCUUUUCCUGAUUAAGGUUCAGCCAAAAACAAAUUUCUAUUUUUUGAAGGAAAAAACAAAAAUGAAAACCUUUGGGGGUUAAAAAAAUAAUAAUAAUAAAUAAAAGAAGAAGAAGAAGAAGAAGAAGAAGAAGAAGAAGAAGAAGAAGAAGAAGAAGAAAAUAAAUAAUAAUAAAAACAACGUCCCCUUUAUCAUCCUACCUUUGCCUAAAAUUUUAAAUGAGCUCUUGGGUGAUUAUUUUAGGAAAUGCGGUAUGCAAUUUCUUCAAAAAGUUAAAAGUAAACAGUGGACCAUUUUAAAAGCCGUUACUGUUACUUACGUCGGUUGUAGAUUGAAGUGUUUGCCGCUCAGAAAAUGAAGCCUCAAUCACUUACCAUGGCCUCCCUUUCAGUUAGGCACAAUGUUAAGAGUGAACAAUGCGGGGUUUGCUUCUUGCUAUAAAAAAAGUAUCCAUUUUUGAAGGAGCGACACAUUUUUCAGAAAAGAACCUUAUUUGUUUCUAGUUUCAGUUUUCAUUCUAAUAAAAUAUGGGGACAGCAACUAAACGCAAGAGUUUUUUUUUUCAUUGAAGUUUUCUUUUUUUCAGCUGAUAUAUAGCAUUGUCAGCGGUGAUCCAGAAGGUCAAUUGAAUAUGACAACAAUAAACGAUGACGGGAAAUAUUUUGGAGUCAUAACGGUUGCUAAACUCCUUGAUCGAGAGACGAAGGACGUCUACAAACUAAACGUAACUAGAACAUAUUUUAUAAAUUAAAACCUUGUCGCGUUUUAAUUGCCAACCGCAACUUUUCUACCAAUUGUAGGAAAAAAAGUAAUAUGAUAACUUCAGGAAGCAGUGAAUUGAACACGCCCUGUAAUACCUGGAUUUAGACUUUUCAUCAUUUUAUUCCCCAUUGCCUGGAAAAAAGACCCUCAUCCCUAUGAGGGCCGGGAGGAUGGGACCAGUGCAUUUUAAGUAUAUAAUUUAGGAUACUCUAUUUCCCUCAAGCACUCACGUUUUAUACUUAACGUCAGAAACUUCUUUCGCUACACACCGGGUCCAAGCUGUUGAAAAGGUGGAUGACGCUAUCCACCGGAUAAAUAUCAAUACGGAGGAUAACGCAAUUGGUUUUCCUAAUGGUGUUUUAUCUAUUCUUUUUUAUCCAGUGGGUGGCACUAUCCUGCUUUUGAACAACCUGGGCCAGGUAUGGGCCAGGUAUUGAGCAGAAAUUGAAGGCACGCGCAGCAGGCGUUUUGGACACGUCCUUAAUCUUAGACUUUCCUAUCAAUAACUACCAAGAGUCAAAACAAGGCCAAAGUAUGACAACUGAGACCCCUCUAAUCCUGAUCUUACGUUUGCAGAUAAUGGUGUCAGAUAGUAUCCAUAACAACUCAGUUAUGUUAGAAAUACGACUCAAGGACGUCAAUGAUCGGGAUCCUGAAUUUAAUACUUCUAUUAAAUAUUCUGCCAAUGUGACUGAGGUAUGUACUUUUCUGAUUCUUCAAAAAAAAAAUCGAAAGUCGCAAAAAUGUGCCCGAGAAAAAAACUGAGUUUUAAUUUGUUAUUAACCAUGUUAAAUGGUAUAAUUCACCUUUAUGCAUCUGCUAAUUAUCGUGCGUUUGUCUGUGUUGUCUCUAUUUACUUUCUAAGUAGUAUAACAUGAUUACUUUAACAGAACUCUCCCGGUGGACUUUUUGUUAUGCGUGUUUCUGCUACUGAUGAAGAUCUAGGCUCAAAUGCCAAGAUAACUUACAGUCUGGAAGGUUGGUGUGGUUCUGAUCUCCUUUUAAUUGACAGCCAGCUGACAAAUACUCUCAGUAUGCGUUAGCCUGUUCCAGGCUCUCAGGUAUUGGGGAUAACGCGUGAAUGAAAGGCGCGCGAAAUAUAAAAGGAGGCGGUGGCGGGAGUUUCCUCUCAUAUUAUUUUCGUGUUCGUACCUUCUCAGUUUCGCGGACCCAACUAUCUCGGAGCCUGGAACAGGCUAAGCGUGGGUGAUAUUUCUGAAACGAAAGAGAAAUUAAUCGACGUGGACUUUUAAGACGCAUAAGGGAAUACAGUCGAUUCUCUCUUAACGGACACCUUGGUAAAACGGACGCCUGGAGUUGGUCCCUGCCUUUCUUUACUCCCUUCAGUUAACUCUCUAUUAGACGGACAUCACUCAAAGAUGGACACUUGGUGCCUUAGAUAGAGUUAACUGUAUACUGAUUGAAAUGCGUCUCUAAUUAACAGCUACGAUUUCUUUUUUGCUAAAAGAAAGGAAGAAAGAAGGAAAGAAAUUAGAGGGAUAUAAAAUUAGAAUUUCUUCCACAAAAUUUGUUGAAGUUUGCCACUGCUAAAUGCACAUGUAAAUACUUGUCAUAGUUAACAACGACUGACGAAAAAGAGUUGUUGUGAUCAAAAUAUGUUGUAAUAGACAAUACCAUGUGGUUAUCGUUUUUCACCAUGAUCACAGGAUCAGAAGGAAAGUUUACUAUGGAUGCCAGUACUGGAGAGAUCAGGACAAGCUCAUCUCCUCUUGACAGAGAAGACAAAAGCAUUUAUCGAAUGACAGCUGUGGCAUCGGAUCCAGCAAACAAACAAGUGCGUCAUGCUUUUAAUUUGAGGAAAAUGAGAAAACAGGAGACAUUUUUGCGACACCACCACUGGUUUCUCCGCGAAAUGACGUCUAAGAAACGACUGCAGAAAUCCCACACUGAUGACGCGUCACUCUUCAAAUCUUGGUAGUGCUUCUGAUUGGAUGAAGCAAGUUUUCAGCCAAUCAGAUCAGCAUAACCCAGAUCUGGGUAGUGACGCAUCAUUGAGUAUAGAAUUUCUACGCUCGUUUCUCAGACGCCAUUUCGCAGGGCACGCAGUGGUGGCGUCACGAAAAGUCGGCUGUUUUCUAAGGCUAGACCUGAGUCAAACUUAGCAAUUUAUAACGAAUAGUUAGUUUAGAAAAUUAAAACCAAGAGUCACUUUAUGUCUAGAAGAGCUACAGCUCACCACAACAAUACUGCUGAAACUCAGCUCUCAUUUACAAUUUCUCUUCAUUCCUCAAAGGGCCGUAAGGAGGUGACUGUUUUCGUUGCUGACCUCAACGAUAAUGCUCCUGAGUUCGCUUCUUCUUUGGAGACAGUAACUAUGACUGAAGGAAACUCCACGGCUGCUAAAUUGGUUAUAAAGGUGAAUGCCACCGACAAAGAUGCAGGAGAUAGCAAGCAAAUUACCUAUUCUAUCACUGGUGGAAACUUGGGUCAGGUCUUUCAAAUUGACAGCAAUACGGUAAGUUUCAGAACUGUUAAAGCUGUUUUCUAUCCUCACAUGUUUUAGACGCAGUUUAGACGAAGGAAAGAUUGGAAUAUGUCUAAGGAUUUUUGUAAAAUACUGCGCGAGAGAAUAUUUGGUAACCAUUGAUUUACUUUAAAAAAUGAAAAGUGUUAACAGCCCUUAGUAUUUUCUUUUGUUGCCCUUUUUUUCUUCAGGGUGUAAUCACUACACGAAAAAAUCUUGACCGUGAAUCACCAGGUCUAUCUGUUGAUGCUGAUGAUAGAGGGGUGUAUACACUGACAGUAGAAGCCGCUGACCAUGGCAUUCCUGUACUGCGCAGUACUACAACGGUAAAUAUCAUGAAAAUCGUGUCGUAUUACUCUAAGCGGUUAGGGGGAAUAUAAAUCAUAAAGUUGCUAAUGAGCUUGAUUUGCUGUUGUAGAUUCGUGUGCUUGUCAAAGAUAUAAACGAUAACACGCCUUAUUUCCCACCCGGUGGAUACAGUGUUAAAAUAUCAGAGGGUGCUAAAGCAAACAGUGACGUUAUCGCCGCAGUGGCUCAGGACCCAGACGCAGGAACCAACAGUCAACUGGUCUACGAGUUGAUAUCUGGGAACACUGAAGGCAAGUUUGGUGACUUCACGCCACCCGAAGAGCUUCGGGUCACGCUUAAUUAUUCAAGACAAAUAACCUUUGAAUUGAUUCCUUUCGCUUGCAAAACAUCUCGUUUUGUUAUUUUCCUUGAAUGAGGCUGCCCUAUUAAAAUAAACAAGAACGUCCUCUUCAAACGGGAAUGCCAAACAACUAGGAAGAUAUUGAAGCAAUGUGUUUAUUGAAAUUUCAUCAUCAUCAUCAUCAUCAUCAUCAUCAUCAUCAUCAUCAUCAUCAUCAUCAUCAUCAUCAUCAUCAUUUAUUAUCAUCAUCAUCAUCAUCAUCAUCUUUCGAGGAAUCGGGUCCCGAAUAUUAGCUGAAAUCGCGUAGAAAAAAAUAAAUACUUACUAACAUAGUUGCUUUCAUUGCAGGCGACUUCACCCUUGAUCCAAACACAGCGAUGAUCAGAACUCGCAAGAAUCUUGAACGGCAGCAAACCUUUUCCUAUACCCUAACAAUUGGUGCGUCAGAUCAAGGGAGCCCCUCAAGGGCCAGUAUGGUAAAUACACUAACGACUGAUUACUGAAAGUACGAACAUCGUAUUAUCUCUUCUAGUCGUGUCAAAUCUUUCGCGUCAAUUGAAUCAACUGAAAAAAAAAGAUAUGUAUGUAAAACAAUUUUCCAUUGUCUAAGACCUAACUCAAGGGGACUAACCAACGGCAAACAAGUGGCUUAGUGACUCCUGAUAUUCCAACUUCAUAAGGCGAAAUCUUAAAAAUGUUUCCAAAUUAGAAGGGUGUGCAUUCCUUACGGUGGCAUACGGUGGCUGUGAAAAUUGUCCUUAGAUAGCCAAUUACCGUGAAACCCCUCUUACGACUACCCCGUUAAUACGACCAGCUCAAUAUUACGACCAGGAUUUUAUGGCCCAUCGGUGGUAACAAUAACGCAGUUCCACGUGUUUUUGUUUCAGACGCAAGUAUAUAUUGAAAUUGGCGACAUAAACGACAAUGAUCCAGUAUUUGAUCCAGUGAACUACACGGUAUCUGUGUAUGAAAACGAGCCUGCGGGGACUCCGUUGAUCAACGUAACAGCCACUGAUGCUGACAGCGGACAGAAUGCUGAAAUCACUUACAGCGUGACAGGAGGGGACCCAUUGUCUGUCUUUACCGCAAUGACAAAGGUAGGUUAGAGUACUGUUACAAUGAGCAAAUUGGCCAAAACACUUGUCGUAUUUGAGGAAUUCUAGUCUAACUACAUACUUCAUUUUUAAUUUACAGGAUAACUAUGGUACAGUUCAGAUUAAAGGCCAUGUAGAUCGCGAGCAAAAGAAUAACUACACUUUGAAAGUGAUGGCUGAGGAUGGGGGAGUGCCAUUGAGUAGAAAGGUGAUUUUCACUGAACUCAAGAUGUAAUACUUUGACAAUACAUGGUAGCAACAAGAUUUCUCCUUUGUAGCUACUUUCUGUGAGCGUCUUUGUUAAUUGGGGUCAACAUCUAACUUACCGUGAAUUCUUGGAUUAGCGCCCAGGGAGCUUGUUUAAUUUUUUGAAAGGAGAGCAGGGGGGCGCCAAUUCGAUCGCUAGAGGCACUUACUUAAAGAGAGGGGGUGCCUAUUUUGAUUUUCAGCUUAGGGUCUUAAAUUAAAAUUGUCUUUAUUUCCAGUAAAUGCGCACUGUGACAGUAAAUUAAAAGCUGGCGUGUAUGUAAGACGAAACCCAAAUAUGUGUGAGGUAGCUGACAAAGUCCUGAUUCCUCUAAAGUCCUCUAAGUUCUGGUAUUUUUUCCUGGUAAUUUUUUUCUUUCUUGGCGGAUGUGUAGCAAAGGCACUUAUUUGGAGUGGACGUUUAUUUAACAUUUUUAAACUCAAGGGGCGGGGGGCAGACUAGAAGUGGGGGGGGGGUAUUUGAAAAUAGUUUGGAUUCGAGCAUUUAUGUUGUAUGUUACGUUAACGUAUUGCACGUUUUGAAUGAUUUUAGUUUGUAAAUUGGUCACAUUUUGUGCGUUCUUUAAUUUGUGACUUGAGGUUGACAGUCUUUUGUUUCUUUUUCAGGCGUUUGCUACAGUGUUUGUAACAGUACUUGAUAGGAAUGAUAAUCCACCUCGGUUCUCACAGGCUUCAUACACUGGGAAUAUAAUAGAAAACUCAGCAGCCGAUACUACCGUCAAUAUGGUGAGGGCAGGAAUUGGUGGUAUCUUUUUUGAUUCAUAUUCCGAUUUUGAGACAACUAUGGGGAGGAUUGGGCAUGAACACUCACUUGGCUUUCAACAGCAACAACGACAAAAACAUAUGAUUAAAAAAUACAAAGGAAAUGCCUCAGACUAUCAAUGAAAUGUGUCAAGUGAGCAGACUGCUCUUAAAUAGGCCAGAAGCCCACAAACAAACAAACAAAAAAACAGUAACUAAAAGCAAGCUUCUUUUUAUGUGUAAUACUUGUAAAUGCUAACACAGUGUCUUUUAGUAAUUCGUAAAAGACCACACUUACAAGUGCAACUUGUCAUUUCUUCCCAGAUUUAACACUAUAAACUUCUAUAGCAAUGGAAAAAUUGGUUCUCAUGGUUUUGAAGACGUUUGAAUCCUUUUUUUGUGUGUACCCAAUAGUGGCACACCAACUGCAGUUAACGUAUUCAUUUGAUUUUUAUUACUUGUUCAUUUUGCAGGAUCAAGAAAUCAAAGCAGAGGACCCAGACCUGGGUCUUUUUGGCGAAAUACAGUUUCAUUUAAAUGGCUCUGAACGGCAUCAAUUCAUUAUUGAUCCAAUAACAGGAGUGAUCUCCACCAGGAAGUUUCCACCGCCGACACUAGACCACGAGAAGAUCGGAAACUAUUCUUUUUAUGUUGUAGCUGUUGACGAAAGAGGAACAGGGCGUAAGUCUUUUGCCCAUGUCAAAAUACAAGUCAUAGACGCGAAUGAUAAUGUUCCUAGAUUUGAACCAUCAACGAAAAACGUGUCUGUCAGGGAAGAUUCAUCCGUUGGUUAUUCAGUAAUUCAAGUUUCUGCCUUCGAUCCAGAUUCUGACUUGAAUGGUAAAAUUACUUACUCGAUGUUGUCUGGAGCUGAUGGAAAAUUCGAGAUCGGAAGGAAUGAUGGCAUCAUACGUGUAUCGGGGACCUUGGAUCGAGAAAUAAAAGGCCAUUAUUCCCUAAAUGUGUCUGCUUUAGAUGGCAGUUAUUACCCUCUCGAAGGGUUUGGUAUGGUAUAUGUUGCCUUGUCAGAUAUCAACGAUAACGCACCCACAUUUGACUUGUUAGUGUACAAAGUAACAAUACCAGAGAAUUCUCCAGUCGGCAGUUAUCUAGUAAACCUUACAGCUAAAGACCAAGAUCUUGGAAUAAACGCAGAUAUAUCUUACUCCAUGAACCAUCCUAAGUUUACAAUUCACUCUAAAACUGGGAGCGUAACAACAACAGGAAAACUGGACCGCGAAAUGCAGGAUACAUAUUCAUUCACUGUGCGUGUUCAAGACGGAGGGGUCUGGAGUCUAGUGUAG